UUCAUAUAGUUUUUUCGUCUUGGCAGUUCAGUUGAGUCUUGAUUAAUGCGUUGAAUGAAAAAUAUAAAAGUUUAAAUUCGAACGAAGAUUAACAAAGGGAAACAUAACAGUAAAUUGUGCGGGAGUUUUCUGAAAUAUGUACGUAACAAAAUGAGUGAUGACAAAUGUGGUAGUGUGAUUUAUUUAUUUAUUGCGUUCAUUUAGAAAACAUUCACAAAAGACAUAAGCAUGGUGUGAUAUAUGUGAACGCCUUUCGUUUCAGAUCACGCAGCAUUGACUCGACGUUGACAAUGAGCUUCCUAUAACGACGUGUUGUGUUUAAUGGAUAUAUUUGCAAAAAAAAGGUGCACAAUUAAUUACAAUUUAAGCAAAUGAAGGCCGUGUUUAAUUCACGGAUUUAAUUAACCAGUACUAGCGUUGCGAAUUUACAUACAGCAUUUUUUUUAAACAUUUAAUCUAGUGGUAAAAGUCGACGAAGAAAAAACAGGAGUUCGGUGUUCGAUUUGUUAUCUGAGUGUGUGUUCACAAAACAAGGAUAAUUGUUAAAAUGGAGAAAUUACCAAGUUGGAGUAUAGUUUUAAAUUUGACUAUAUUAUGGAUGUUGUGUUCACCGACAGUCGGAUUUAAUGGAAUCUGGUGGAGCUUGGGCAUGGCCGGAACCGGCUUGGAUGUCCUUCAGAACAACAAGAUCUACAUUGUGGGUACGAACACGAUGUGUGAUCAGCUAAAAGGCCUAUCCUUGGCCCAGCAGAAAAUGUGUAAGAUGUACUACGACCAUAUGCCGCCCAUAGGAGCCGGGGCCCAGAUGGCGAUCAAGGAGUGUCAGUACCAGUUCCGCUUCCGGCGGUGGAAUUGCUCAACCAUUCAGGGGGAUUCGUCGGUGUUCGGACCAGUUCUUCAAAUUCCGAGUCGGGAGGCGGCAUUCACGCACGCUAUUUCCGCCGCGGGCGUGGUGCACGCGCUGAGCCGUGCAUGUCGCGAGGGGGAGCUGUCCAUUUGCGGCUGCAGCACCGCCAUGCGGCCAAAGGAUCUCAACAGGGACUUCAUCUGGGGCGGGUGUGGGGACAACAUCGAGCAUGGCUACCAGUACGCCAAGGCCUUUGUUGACAUGAGAGAGAAAGAGAAGAACCAUCCACGCUUUUCUAAGGAGCUCGCGAGGAUGAUGAUGAACUUGCAUAAUAACGAGGCAGGAAGAAGGUCGGUUUACAACUACGCCAAAGUAGCCUGCAAAUGCCACGGCGUGUCUGGUUCAUGUAGCCUUAAAACCUGCUGGAUGCAACUUCCCACCUUCCGGGAAAUCGGGGAACGCUUGAAAGAAAAAUAUGAUGGCGCCGUCGAAGUUAAAUUUAACAAAAGGGGAACAAAGCUGAAAAGGAAGCAUAAGAAAUACAACAAGCCAACAACUGAGGAUUUAAUUUACCUGUUGCAAUCACCAGACUACUGCCAGGCAAAUAAAGAAACCGGAAGUUUGGGUACUUCCGGUCGUGAGUGUAACAGAAGUUCGGACGGUAUGGAUGGGUGUAAUUUAAUGUGCUGUGGACGCGGUUAUAAUACGUUUAAAAAGACGAUCGUGGAGCGAUGUAACUGUAAAUUUAUGUGGUGUUGCUACGUAAAGUGCAAAACGUGUGAACAUGUACAGGACAUCCAUGUAUGUAAAUGAGAUUUCUUUCAGUUCAACGUGACAGUUUUAACAAGGUGAUGUUGCCUCUGUGAUAUUUGUCCAGAAUUCUAGCUUAAGAUAACUUGAAUUUUGUGAUUGACAAGAAGUUUCGAAAAUGGAUGUUUUACCCUCUUGAUGCAUGCGUUGCCUUCGCGCCAGAUUUCGUCAGAGUGUUAUGUGUGAAAACGAGUUAAGGCACUAAGGACGAUAUGUAAACUGAGUAGAAUCUGGAUGACUAAGCCCUUAAAUAAAAUGUCACAGGGUUCCAGCACCUUGCGGUUUAUUUAUUUAUGCAACGAGUAAUCAGGUAGAUGACUGUCAGAGGCCAUUAUAUGGAGUAUGCAAAUCAUCACCAAUCAUCACACCUUCAGUCUUGGUAAAUCCAUUAUUAUGUGUGCUCAUACCGCAUAUACUGACUGGACACUACCUCUCAGGAGCGAAUGACAACGUUGAUCACAUGUCUGUACAAGCUCUCGCGGCAGUUUAUCGACGGCGAGAUUUUACGGAGUUUUGAGACGUUCUCGUACCAGUAGUCCCGUAUUUAGUUUGGUGAGAUACUAUUAACAGUUGGGUUGCUGCAUUUUGGCCAGUGUCAAUUAUCGUAAUAUAUUAAUUCAUACGUAUACUUUGUAGUGCAAUAAAGAGCGCUGGGUUUCCGUCUCGAAAUCUCGUCCGGAAACUUACUGAACUAAUCGCGUGAGUGUAGCAUAUAGUAAAUAUGUCAUCAGAUUUAUAUGACGUCAUCUUGAAUUAGACAACUACGUGAAAGACCUUUAAACGUCUGCAACAAGAAACGUCAACUGCAUCAUUAGUGACUUGUUGCAACGGCGUGUGUGACAUCCAUGCGGAACAGUUUAUAGAUUAACCUCGAAUGAGUUUCGAAAACCAAAAUCACGUUGUCUUAUUUAACAACGCGGAUGUUUUUGUUUCGUGCAGACUAAGAGUGGUGAUUAAUAUGUUUUACAGUAGCGCUUUGGACUCGUCGAUUUCAAACAAAGAGUCGAUGAGUUAGAUAAAUGCGUAUUUUAAAAUAAAAUUCUUAUGUAGAUUGUUGCUAGAUUUUUUCAAAAAAAGCUAUAUUUGUUCAGCUCAGCCUGAUGUUUUUGUGUACAAUAUUCGUACAUAAACUUCUGUGUGUCUCAAAUCAUUGAAUGGAUAUUUUAAACAUGAUUUGCUUAUAAAUAAUCAAAUAUCUUAAGUAAUGUUUCAGUGUUGUCAAAUGUACAUAACAUAUAUUUCAGACUUUUUAAAUAAGAUGAAUUGAUUGAAAUGACAUUAAAUCUUUAUUAAUGUAUUAUUUUCAGUGGGAUGCUAUUUGCAAAAUUUUAAAAGUUGAAGGUAAUUUAAAAUAAAACAAAUAUUUAAUAUAACAUUUAAUAUUUAAAUUAUACAUAACCAUAAAUACUGGUCAUUUAAAUUUACAUGGCUUUUCGGACGAAAUCUUUUUAAAUUGAACAUAUGUAUAUUUAAUGUCGGUGUGUAUUGAAUAUUGAUCCUUAAAAAGUGUUUAGACUAUACUGAUUAUACUAUUUUAAUACAAAUUUGAAGUAAUUAAAAUAAUUUUAAGAUUUUCGCGGAAUUGCAUGUAAAAAGUAUCAAGUACAGAUUACAAGGGUAUAAACACCAAUUGCAUUAGAAAUUUUCUGGAUACAUUGCAUUCUGAUUGGUAUUUGCUAUUAAGCAAUUGUUGAUUCACUUUUUUCUACUAAAGUCUAACCAUCACUGCCUUGUAAAAAUACUAAUUUGAAUGAACAAUUGUUAAAUAAGAUUUUAAAUGGAAUUAAGCUCCAUUUUACAACCUCACGUUGAUCUCUCAUGUAAGUAAUUAAUAGAGUAUUCGUAAAAUGUUUCUAUAUUAUUUAAUACGCUUUUACGAAAAUUAAAAUACAAAGUAAUGAUAACUGAAUGUGCAUGUGUUUUUUUAUUGUGUAGACGAUAUUUAGAUUUUCUUUAUUAUAUACCAAUAUCAUGUUAUAUACAUGGUGCAUUCGAUGUUUUGUUAUUUUAAUUCGUAAUUUACAUCGAUAUCGACCCAUUACAAACUGUAUAUUUGUUUCUUCAAUGACAUGUUUAAUAAUGGUCAUCUUAAUAGGAUCAAAAAUGUAUUUGUAUUUUUUAAACUGUGUUAUCUAACCAGAUCUAUAAGAGCGGCGGAAUACAGGGUAUGAAUCAGACUGAAAACUGUCAAGGCUUUCUUUCGCAUCUCUUUAAUAUUUAUGUUCAUCUGUUUUCGGACAUAAUAUUUCUUGGAUAGGUAAUCAUGGUUUAGAUAAUGUAAAAGAGAUAAGUUUAAUCCGUAAGAAUAAACCAAUUUUUGAAUAAAAUAGUUUAAAACUUACUACAGAACUCAGUAAAAAGAAUCUAUUAAUUGACGUAAUUCGUGAUUUCUUUUCCGAAUAAUAUGGCUGUCCGAAAUCGAUUCAACUUUUCCGUACAUUUUCUUCUGAACGUUUAUACAUAUCACUAUAUUGUUAGUGUUCUCUUAAUGUUGUUAAGUUGUGAUACAUUUAUUUCUAUUUCUUAAUUUUGUUUAAUAUUAUAUAAAGUCGCCCAUCAUAUUUCUAC